AUGAUCGCACAAUUAUCGGAUAUACUUACCGUACAAUUGGCCGAAACCCGACAUUUUCUGUCCACUGAAAGACCAGAUAUUAUUCAGGCAAUCGAUGGUCAAGAUGUGGAUCAGUUGCGCACAAUUGUCGACAACUUAUUGAAGACUAGUCACACAUUUACUAAUAGUAUCAAUAGUUUGGAAGAGUUUGUAGUGAUUUUGCGAAGAUUGCACUUUGAUUUUAUUCGGCGCAAUGAAAGCUCCGGGAGUUCAGCGGUACUCAUGACUACUACGACCGCAGAUCUUCGAUCAGAUUAUCCGCCGUUUAGGUUACCAUUUGUCGAAUGUAUGAUAAAUGGCCGAAAAAUUAUUGGACUUAUCGAUACCGGUGCUCAGUUGUCGACAAUUAGCCGAAAAUUGAUCGACCAAUGCCAAAUUGGCCAGUCAGUUGAUAACAGUUUUCGGGCCACAAGUGUCGGUGUCGGCAAACAGGCUAUUAUCGGCCGAAUCCGAUCGCUGACCAUUACUAUCGGUAACUGUCCGCUGAUAAUCAAUUUGUGUGUUAUCAAUACGUUUCAUUCCGACUACUUUCUUAUUGGUCAAGACUUUCUGGUCGCCAACCGGUGUGUUGUCUACUGUGCCGAAGGUUUGGCCGUUUUUAGACGGUGUCAGCUCGUCGUCAAAUUUGUUAACAAUAUUUACUAA